AACUGGGGGGUGAACUUCAAGGGGCUGUUUUAAUGGUAAAACGGUCUCAUUCUGGAAAAUAUUACUAGAUAGCGCAUUUCGCGAACUGAAUGGCAAAGAAAACCCCUUUUACUGACCGCAGUUCGUUGCAUCCAUGGUACAAGGAAAGGCUGCCCAGCAGAUACAUGAGGGAGAAUAUGAAAAUACAGCAACCCUCAGGUGUCCUUGACUCAGGCCGCUGGCAUUUUCUGCAGCCUGGGCUGGACGGGUUGAUGGCUGCAAGGCCAUCAGGCAGCAUGCAGACUCAGAGGGAGGUGUGCCCCAGUCUACACCGUAACACCGGCUCAGCCUGUGCCUCCACCAGCAGCAACAAAUCCAGUCCUCAGAAACGCUUCAGCAAGGAGCAAGUGUACCUGUCUAAACAGAACCCGCAGCAACUAGCGCGGCGGGAACAUCUCGCUCAGGUGGAGCAGAGAUUAUCCCAGCACCCUCUUGCCCUCCACCAAUUCCUGAAGGAGAGCAUGCCCCCCGAGCUUUUCAUUGAGGUGGCAUCCUUGUUGGAGCCCGAGAUGCCCGUGGACAGUGACGAAGUUGCGAAAGAGGAACAUUGCGCCGGUGACGUCGGUUCACAGUGUGAGACGGAGACACGGGAAGUCACAGUCACAGGCAGCGCACAGACUCUAUCCAGCUCCAAGCCUGAUAGAUCUAGACCAGGAAACCCACAUCUCUGGAAAGUGAAAGGCAGUAUGAACCCCUGUGGGGUCCAGGGGUGGCUCUUGAAGUCCCGAAGCACCAUCUCCCAGGAUGAGGAUACCCAGAAAGCGAUCAGUCAGUUAUGCAGCUUCAUAGCAUCACUGCCCGGUGAAAGUGGCGACCUCGAUGAGGCCACCCUCCAGGACCUCUUUGACAGCAGCUACGAGAGGAAACAAUCGCAGACCUUCCCCAUCCAGGUGGUGUCGCCCUCUAGUGCGGCAGGCGAGUUGCGCCGUUCCCCGGAAGACCCGCACAGAGUGAUGACCCACGAUAUCCCGUCUAACCAAGAGGCACCUGAGAUAUCAUGGAAGCAGACUGCAUGUGAAGAUGAUGUUCCUGAGGACCAAGGGCUCAUGCAGCCAAGCCUCAAGGACGAGGAGCUGAAGCAGCUUCCUGUAACCCUGGCCUUCAAAGAGUUCAUACACCGCAAGGGUCUGAGGGAGCCCAGGUUCCUCCGCGCUCUUUUCUCCAACGAGGAGCAGAAGGACAAAAGAACCAGAAGCUUCAUGAACACUAUGACCUCCACUUAACAGAGGAGCAUGAUGAUCUUAUAGCAGCUGCUACUCAUCAUUACUCAUCAGCUACGCGGAGUCAGUAUGAAAGACACGGUUUUGAUGUCACUCUCAGGUGCGAAUGUCACCUGCUCCAUAUACAAUGUGUUUGCCUUGCGUCUGAAUGCCAUCUUCCUAGUAAACUUGACGUCUGACCCUCUGCUGCAACUUUAUUCAACGUCAGCCCCAAAUCGAACGUGUCCUGCUAUACAAAACUGGUGCCCUAAUAUAACUUGCGAUACUAACCCACCUGAGUCUCCUGUUUUCUUCAGACGUACCUGUGUGGCUCAAAAGGUGGAAUUAGGCAGUCUAGCUUGUUAUCCUGGUAUCUAUUUAAUAAUGUCAUUUACGUUUGUCAUGGUGAUUAAAAUAUAUUUUAAAUAAUGAAGAAUCGCACAAUAAUAUUAUGGGCCAGUGACUCACAGUUCAAAUGUCUAUGUUGUCAAAAGAGGGACUGAGGGCGCAUUCAUAAUGCAAUUAAUGCAACGGACAGUAGAUGCUUUUGGAUCCACUGUGUACAAAACAUAAUGGAAGUGUUGUUUUUUUUUAAUAAAAGGCAUAUAGAACCUUGCAUUUCAAAUGGCUG